AUGUACCGCAAUUUUUGUUUAAUUACGGUAAUUUCAUCUCUUGCGUACGGUAAUCCUACAAAUGACCAGUGGAACACUGCGCGGUAUUUGUCAGUACGCUUUCAAUUACAAAUACAGGCUUCAUCUCCUGCAGACAUGCACGCUCUUGAAUCACUGUCAGACUGGGAAGCAGACGACCCGGGGGAUAACGCCAUCUUAAAAAGAGUCAUCCUAGUUAUAAAGAACCACCUGCCAACAGGUUGGAGAGAUUGGAAGAUUAGAAUCUUUGGAAGAGAUGAGCUUAUCGGAACAGAAGUUGAUCCUCAAAUCCUCAAUAAAAUUAGAUUCGCCAUACCAACGGUGGAUCUAGCGAGAGCCUUCUCACCCAACUGUACCUCUCUAAAGCAAAGAACUUUUCGAGACAUAAAGAUGAAGCUUUUGGAAUGGCCUCUAUGUACUGGUCUCAUCAUUCACCCAAUGUCUUUGGCGGCCAGAAUCCGUGGUUCAGCAGUUCAAAAUGAACUGGUGAUUGCAUCAAUUGUGGAUAUGAAACCUCUUCUUAAAUCUAGAAAAGAAGCAGACAGGGAACUAACACAGACUGAUCAUUCUGAAGAUGAAAUAUCUAUACCAUCCACAAAAACUUCA